UGUCAAACAUAUACACCAUGGCCACUGUUGUCAUUGCUCAGAAGGCCGCAGUCCUGCCAUACGCACCCAUCGUGCUCGCUGCCGCACUCAACAACCCCACCGUCGUCAAGGUCGAGUACAAAAACGUUGCUACUCUUGCUGAGCAUAACAAUGCCACCGCUGCAUUGACCGCCGACGGAUCAACUUUGACCGCCGUCAGCGCCAUCCUCCGCUACAUUGUUCGCUCGCACAAGAACACUCUUUACGGAUCGGACCCUGCCUCUACCAGCUUGAUUGACGACUUUAUCGACAGGAGCCAGGAUAUCAUCAACACCUCGGACUUCAAGACCUUGGAUGUGAUCUUGCAGCAGCUGAACCACCACUUGACUCUUCGCAGCUACUUUGUCGGCUACAAGGUCUCUGUAGCUGAUAUCGCCAUUUGGGGUGCCUUGAAGGCCAACGCUAUCUUUGCUCGUCAACUCAAGACUGGAAAAGAUCUUGGCGUCUAUCUUGCCCGCUGGUUUAACCACAUCUCGGCUCAGGCCUUUGUCGCUGUCGCGCUCGCAGACCUUGCCAAGGUUAAUGAGGGCACCAAAGUUGCCAAAGCCGAUCAGGGUUCAUUUGAUAUCAACUUGAUUGGCGCUGAAAUGGGCAAGGUCGUCACUCGUUUCCCCCCAGAGCCCUCUGGUUAUCUGCAUAUUGGACACGCCAAGGCUGCUCUGUUGAACAAGUACUUUGCAGACCAAUACAACGGGCGCCUCAUUGUCCGUUUCGAUGACACCAACCCCACGAAAGAGAAACUCGAGUAUGAGCACUCAAUCAAGGAGGAUUUGCUCUUGAUCGGCAUUGACUCGUCGGUCGUCACCUAUACCUCGGACUACUUUGAUCAAAUUUACGAGUUUGCGCUCAGAUUGAUCAAGGAGGGCAAGGCCUACUGUGACGACACCAGUCAGGAGCAGAUGCGUGCCGAGCGUAUGGACGGUAUUGCCUCCAAGAACCGCGAUCUAUCUGUGGAGGAGAAUCUGCGCCGCUUCGAGGAGAUGAAGAACGCCACUGAGUUUGGCCAAUCAUGCUGUCUUCGUGCCAAGAUCUCCGUCGAUAACCCCAACAAGGCCCUCCGUGAUCCCGUCAUUUACCGCUGCAACCUCAUCCCCCAUGCGCGUACUGGGGACAAGUGGAAGAUGUAUCCUUUGUACGAUCUUGCGUGCCCUGUUGUCGACUCUCUUGAGGGUGUCACGCACGCUCUGCGCACGGACGAGUACCACGAUCGUAACCCUCAAUACCAAUGGUUCCUCGACAACCUUGGCCUGCGCCAGGUCCACAUCUGGGAGUAUAGUCGCCUGAACUUUGUGUACACGCUUCUCUCGAAGCGCAAGCUGACCUGGUUCGUUGAUCAGGAUCGUGUUUCUGGAUGGGAUGAUCCUCGUUUCCCGACCAUUCGCGGUAUCCGUCGUCGUGGUCUGACCAUGGAGGCCCUCAAGACCUACAUCUUGAUGCAAGGAGCCUCGACCAACUUUAUUACGCUGGAGUGGGACAAGCUGUGGGCUGUCAACCGCAAGCAGAUCGAUCCCAUUGCUCCUCGUCACACUUCUGUCGACGCCCAGAACAAGGUCAAGGUCACAGUUGCUGGAGCCGAGCCCUACAACUUCAAAGAAACUCCUCGCCACAAGAAGAAUGAGGCUUUGGGAAACAAGAGGACGUUCUACGGCCCUACUAUUUGGAUGGACCAGGCGGACUGCAAGGAGCUCGAGGUGAACGAGGAGGUGACGCUGAUGGACUGGGGCAACGCGUUUAUCCGGUCGAUCGAGAAGAACGCCGAGGGCAUUGUCACUGGUGUUCAGGCCGAGCUUCACUUGGAAGGAGAUUUCAAGAAGACGAAGAAAAAGCUGACAUGGUUGGCGAAUGGUCCUGAGCUGGUGAAUGUCGAGUUGAUGGAUUACGACUAUCUGAUCACGAAGAAGAAGAUGGAGGAGGACGACGAGCUGAAGGAUUUACUCACCCCCGUGACAGAGUUCAAGACCGAGGCCAUUGCGGACGGCAAUGUUGCGGAGUUGAACAAGGGCGAUAUCAUCCAAUUUGAGCGCAAGGGAUACUACAUUGUCGAUGCUGUUGCGACGCCAAGCACACCCGCGCGUUUGAUCUUGAUCCCCGACGGCAAGGUCGCGUCGAUGACCUCGAAGGCUGCGCCCGUCUCGCAGGCUGAGCUCAAGGAUGCCAAGAAGAAGAAGGAGAAGGGCGCUACUGCUUCUGCAGAUGCCAAGGCAGGUGCUGCUGCCCCUGCGGUCUCGGGCAAGAAGGCCAAGGCCGCCGCACACGCCGCUGCUCAGAAGCCCGUCCCGACUUGGACUGGACCAGGCCCCAAGCCUGAUGAGAUUGUUGAGCUCGAGGCGAAAAUCGACGCUCAGGGAUUGAAGGUCCGUCAGCUGAAGACCGACAAAGCAGAUGCGGACCAGGUCAAGGAGGCGGUUGACGAGCUCUUGGUGCUCAAGAAGCAACUUCCUGAGCGUAUUGAGGCCCUUCAGCAGUUAGCUGCCGCUGCCUCUGCUGCCGCCGAGAAUUUUAGUCUGUAAAGAUACAACAAGACUCGUAUUAUUAAUUUUUUUUUUCUUUGUCCUUGUUCAUAUGCACAUACAAAUAAACUCUUGAUUGGGUUGCAAAAGCAGAAGAAAG